AUGUCCAUUGAUCCACCUCUUGUACCACCACCACCACCACCACAACAACAACAACAACAACAACAACAACCAUCUGAUCCAAAUGCACCAGCACAAACAUCUAAUCAAAGUCAACAAGCACAACAACAUGAAACAACAAUUAAUCCAAAUAAUCUGGAAAGAUUAAUAAAUUUAAUGGUUGUUUCUAUUCAAAAACAAGAUGAAAUGAACCAAAAGUUGUUCAAUUUGAUGAAUCGACUUGUACCAGUUGUCGAACGAAUAGAACAACAUUUAGGACGUGAUGCAACAUUAAAUAAUGAAACAAAAUUACAACGAAAUAGGUUAGAAUAUAAUCAAGUUGUUAUUUUUGUUAAAUCGGUACAACAUUGUUCUGCUUUAUGUAAAUUAUUAACUGAACAACAUUUUCCUGUUACUGAAAUACAUAGUGAAAUGCCACGCGAAGAACGUUUCAAACGUUAUAGCAAAUAUUUAUUAAGUUUGGCACGUUAUAAAGAAAUUAAAGAACUUCAAAAGCCUAUUCUUGUUGCAACAGAUUUAUUUAGAGUCGGUAUGGAUAUUGAAGGUAUUGACAUUGUAUUUAAUUAUGAUAUGCCUGAAGAUACUGAUACCUAUCUUCAUCGAAUUGCUUGUGCUGGUGGACUUGAUGCAAAAGGUUUAGUAAUAAUAUUUGUUGCAGAUAUAGAUGAUGAAGCAAUUCUUAAUGAAGUUCAAAAACGUUUUGAAAUACAAAUUACUAAAAUGCCCGAUGAAAUCGAUGCUUCUACAUACAUCAAAAAUCGUUAA